AUGAAGAAUGGCGACAUCGUCGUGUGCUACCGGUCGGAGGAUUAUGGCUGGCAAUUCCUUGAUGCCUACGCCCUCGACGUCGGUGUGCCCACGGCCGACUCCACUUUGCCCGGCGGCACCAGCGACUUGAGCCAAACCUCCGGCACCUACGCCGAUGGUGUCGUUACCUGCAAGUUUACCCGAAAGAUCAAUUCAGGAGACCAGUGGGACAAGGUGAUCGGCGAGGGCUUCGUGAAGGUCAUCUUUGCGUUCCACCCGACGUCCAACGAGCUCAUCUACCACGGACCCACGCGUUCCUCCGCCGCGCGCCUCAACCUCCUCAACACCUGCAUCGGCCCCAGCUGCCUGGUCACCACCUCCUCCAGCGACACCGCGGCGGUGGUGGGCGGCGUGGUGGGCGGCGUGGGCGGCCUGCUGCUGCUUCUGCUGUUGGUGCUGGUGGCCAUCUUCUUCCUGCUGCUGGCCCGCCGGAAGAAGAAGGAGGAGAAGCUGCGCCUGGCCGAGCAGUGGUCCGACGAGGAGACCGACACGGAGAUGGACGAAUUCUCGGGCUCGGAGUCGAGCAUGCUCCAUUCGUCGGCGGCGGGCAUGGCCAUCCGCCGGCUCUCCAUCACCGACCUCGAGACCUCCAACAUCUCCUUCGAACCCCAGGUGCUGAUGUUCGGUCUGGGCAACAACGACAAGUGUCCGGUGGACAAGGAGGUGAGCGAUGAGUUUGUGAUCACCAACCACGGACCGACGCGCAAGUUCACCUUCUUCGUGCCCGCCGAGAACGAGAAGUUCACCUGCCGCCUCUACCCCGGUUCCGGCGUCAUCAAAUCGGGCAAGAGUGUGACGAUCAACGUGCAUGUGGUGCUGCUGAUGACGACGGACAUCGAGCGCAAGAUCCGAUUCGAUGUGGAGGGCCUCGGCUCCUACCUCAUCUCCAUCAAGCUCGUCGGCGAACUCUCCACCAAGCUCGACCCCGACGACAUCGACAUGCUCCAGCCCCCCAUCGGCCAGGGCUCGUUCGGCACGGUGUUCAAGGCCAACUACCGCGGACAGGAGGUGGCGGCCAAGCUGCUCAACUCCCAAAUGGACAAGCGCCUCAUCGCCGAGUUCCACCGGGAGGUGGACAUGAUGACGCGGCUGCGGUGCCCGUGGGUGAUCAACUUUGUCGGGGCGUCGUUCGUGCCCAACAAGAUCUGCCUCGUGACCGAGCUCUGCACGCUGGGCUCGGUGGGCGACGUCAUCUUCUCGCAGCGCAACUUCAACUACCUCCUCGUCCUCAAGUUCGCCAUGGACAUGGCCAAGGCCAUCUCCUUCCUCCACACGAACCGAGUGUUGCACAGGGACAUUAAGCCGGACAAUUUCCUGAUUGUGGCGCUCUCUUCCAAGGCCCCCGUCUCGUGCAAGAUCGCCGACUUUGGUACUUCCAGGUCGAUCCAGCAGGCGCAGGAGUUCUUCAACCACACGGCCGCGCUGGGCACGCCCAUCUACAUGGCCCCCGAGAUCCUGGACCACAAGCCCUACUCGGCCAAGGUCGACGUCUACUCCUUUGCCAUCGUCCUCUGGCCGUACACGGAGAUGAAGCGGGCGUGGGACAUCCCGAAGGCGGUGCUCAAGGGCUCCCGGCCGCCCAUCCCCGACCACUGUCCGCGGCCCUUCGCCGACCUCAUCAUCCAAUGCUGGGCUCAGGACGCCGCCGACAGGCCGGAGAUGGCGGAUGUGGUGACGCAGCUGGAGAAGCUGUUCGAGGAGGAGAAGGCGCUGAAGGGCGACCGCGACGAGGCGGGCGCGGGCAAGAAGGGCGCCGGCGCCAAGAAGCCGUCGGACCGGGCGCAGACGGCGCGCGGGCAUGACGACGACGCGGCCGACGACUCGGACGAGCCCGCGGCCGAGGAGAUCCGCACCGGCACCUGGGCCGGCGGCCGCAAGGGCAUCGCCCUCGACGACUCCCCCGCCGAGAGGGAGGAGAGUAGUUCGAGCGGGAGCAGCUCGAGCGAUGAGGGGGAGUACGAGGAGGGGAGCGUCAAGGGCAAGGUGCAGAAGAAGCUGGCCUCGUCGAUCAAGGGCAAGGGCAAGGAGAAGAAGGACAAGCGCAACUACACCGGCGGCUUCUAG